AUGCCCAGCCAUGAGGGAUCCGGGAGUUCCUCCAACGGAGGACCUCCCCAGCAGAUCCUAGUGAUUGGUGGUUCGUACUCUGGACUUGCGGCAACCGUCAAUCUUCUUGAUCUAUGCCAGGGCCGAAAUUGUCGAUUUGCUGGUGGGUUGACUUCUGAGUCAGGAGACGUGAAAAAGAAGGUCAAUGUGCAGGUAACCAUCGUGGAUGAGCGAGAUGGCUACUACCACCUCAUCGGGACACCACUUGCAUUCGCUUCGGAAGAAUAUGCCUCUUCUGCAUGGAAAAGGUUCACAGACAUCCCGGCCCUACAAACCCCAGCCGUUAAAUGCAUCCAAGGUAGUGUCAGACAAGUGGACUGUGAGCGAAAAAUCGCCAUCAUUAGGGAAGCCGUCACAAACAGGGAAAUUGCCCAAAAGUAUGACUACUUGGUCGCAAGCUCGGGCCUGAGACGGACAUGGCCAAGCGCGCCACAGGCUUUGACCAGAGAUGAGUAUCUUCUUGAAACGGGGAAACAUAUUGCGAAAACAAAGAUUGCAGAUAAUGGGGUAGUUGUGAUUGGUGGUGGUGCUGUCGGUAUUGAAAUCGCAGCUGAGUUGAAAAUGGUACAGCCGGACCGAAAGAUUACCCUGAUACAUUCGAGACCCAAGCUUCUCUCAUCCGAGCCGCUUCCUGACGAGUUCCGCGAUCGGGCCCUCAAGCUACUUCAUGACUGUGGUGUUGACACCAUUAUGGGCUCACGGGUCGCUGAAACAACGCAAACACAGUCGAAGGAGGGUGUUCCCCCCAUUCACAUCGUAAAAUUAGCAAAUGGUCGUACGAUGGAGGCCAGCUACGUCAUCAAUGCCAUAUCCAAGUAUAGUCCAACUACUUCCUACCUGCCCAAUUCCGUGCUUGACAGAGAAGGUUAUGUGAAAAUUAAUGCGACCCUAAACUUCCCGGAAGAGGUGCCAAAUUCCCAGUACCAUUUUGCAGCAGGUGACGUUGCUCUCUGGUCGGGUAUCAAACGGGGUGGUAGAGCAAUGCACCACGGGCACUACGUUGCCAUGAACAUUUACCAGCGAAUGCUGAGCGAGAUGCUUGGGACAGCGCCAAAAUUCUCGGAACUGCAGGACCUGCCCCCGUCAAUGGGACUGGCUGUGGGGAAAAAUGCAGUUGCAUAUAGUGACUUUGAUGGUGUGGUGUCUGGAGAAGAAGUCUUAAAGCUGUUCUUUGAGGAUGAUUUGGGAUUUUUAAUUUGCUGGAAUUAUAUGAAGCUUGGAGACGCGGCGAACUAA